AAUUCCAAUGUGGGGGUAAAUAAUCCAAAGCAAAACCAAUACUUAGGAAAUCCUCCCGAAUCUCCUUCCACACCCACGGUGACCGAUCUUUCCCCUACUUCCGUCAGUCAUGUGGUACCCUAGGUAUAACGGGGGUUCACCUAUCACAGAAUAUAUAAUUGAGAUAAAAAAAGUGCGAGCAGGAGGAUGGAAGAAACUUGAUGAGUUUAUAUCAGCUGAUUCUACAACCUUUAUGAUUACUGGGUUGAAACGAGGUGCUGCUUAUAAGUUCCGGGUUACUUCAGUGAACACAUAUGGCAGAUCUCGUCCAUCGUCAAGCACUGACCCGCAUUACACAGACUUUGGAAACCAGAGCCCAAAAAUACUUAUGUCUGCACCAGAAAUCACAAGUGUGGUUUCCACCAAUUGGAGCAAUGUUCAAAUUAAUUGGAGUUAUGAUGAAGCCAUGAGCAAGAAAUUAAACGGAUAUCUCAUACUAUAUUGGCCAUCUGAUCGUCGCAAGAGAAAACACAAGAAAAAAAGAUUAAAAAAUGCAUUAGCGACGUCAUAUGAACUGACUUCACUUCAGUCUGGUGUUUUGUACAAUGUUAAAAUCCAGGCAUACAAUUCUCGUGGAAAAUCCCCAGUUUCGAACCUUGUUGUAUUUGAAAUGCCGAACAAUCACUCAAGCCCUCUAGUGGUGAUGCAGGGAAUUAGAAACGUCGAUAAUGAUGAAGUUUCCGACCCUGGUCACGCGAAAAAUCAUUAUGGUGAUGAUAGUUCAGAUAACGACAACAAGAGUAAUAAUAUAGUGGUAAAGCAGCAAAUAUCGCGCCGUGAUACGGCAUUCAUGAUCGCUGGUGGGGCUCUUGUGUUCGUGAUAAUUGCUCUUGCAGCAUCAGGUAUAAUAUACAGAAGGAGCAUGACCAAUAUUAAGAAGUUUUUGGGCAGAAAACCAAGUAAUGAUAAAAUAACAGCCAGCAAUGGUGCCACACCCAACGACGAGUAUUCUGGUUUGAACGAGGGAAAUCCCCCGUACUGUGAAUGCAAGGAAGUAAGCGAACAUGGAUACGAACAUCAUCAUGUUCAUAGCGAUCAUAUACUGUAUUGCGACCACCAGGAGUGCUUUGCGAGCGCGCCCUUAUGGUGGGUAAGGGGCGAGGAAAGGGGGGAGUUCUGCCAUAUCGUGCCAGCUAAUGCCAAGCGGCAACCGCCGCCAAAUCCUGCCGGUGGUGCCGAAGCCACACCACAGACUGCAAUGGUCACAAGGACCUAUGCUGGCAAUAUUGCAGGUGGAUACCUCAGCCACCCCAGUCAGGGUGAAACUACCGAAAUUAUUGAAUCGGUUGAAACUUCGUUGAUCGACUCUGUACAGGCCCCACUUGCCACUGAAGAACCCCCUAAUUUAACCCUAGAUCAGUAAAGUUACACCUCCAAAGUUGCAAUUUUAAAAUAGACCAAACAUCCUGAUCAUAUACAACAAACUACUUUUUGUACAAAGUUUUUUUUUUAUUUCAUCAUUUUUCACUUAUAUGCAUUGUUACCACCAACCAUACACACUUGCAGUAAUAAUGCAUGCAGUAUAAAUACAUUCUUAAUCUCCCUCCCACUAUUUACUGAACGUUGUACGCUAACCUCAACGUAAGUAUUGUUUUUUUAGAACAGUGUGCUGUCUUCAUAAAUUUGAUCAUGUUUUUAUUUUUGCCAAAUCAAAUUUUUUAGUACAAGUGCUUUACUUUUUUACCCGUUUUACUGCUCCCUUCUUUAUUGUAGUAUUUACACAAAUAAUUGGUACCACACUUUCCUAUCAACUUAUUGUUGCAAUUGAACAGAAUGUUUGUACAUUGUCGUAUUGCCUGCCAUUCCUCCGUUUUGCGCCCAGUAUUAUCUUUCCGUAUGGUGUCGCAAGGGAGCACUUUUUCACGUUGAACCAGUUACUAACAACAUGAUUUAAAUAAAUUCUGUUCUUAUAA